GUUCCCGAGAAGUCUCACUCUGCGGCAUUGACUGCAAUGGAUACCCCGUACUAAUUCUCUCUAGAUGUACCUAGCGUCGUCUACCCUACCGCAGUCACCGAUAUCCCUCGUCGUUUUUCCUCCCCUCGUCCUGGAUCGACUGGGACCCUCGUUGAAAAACCGGGACUCUCCCCUCGUUUCACGUUUACUCCCUUUUCUCUCCUUCAUCAUCGUCCCCAGCUUCAUUCUCUUUAUCCUACGUCGAGAUCCUCUCUUCGUUUGCCUUUCCUUUUCUCGCGCAGCUACGCUGAUCGCACUCAUUCAUCUCUCGCGUCUUUGAAAGAUCGCUCUGCUCACUCUCUUUCGGCCGUGCCGACAUCGUUCCAACCGCUUCUCAUUGAUUUGUUCUGUGUUGCCUCACUCCCAGUGAUCCAACUCAAUCCAAUCAAUCGUCUGCGAUUACACUUUCAUUCGCUUUAUAC